CGUUUCGUUGUGAUAAGUAUUUGGGCACUUUAUCUAAACUUUGAUACGCUUUUUAGAGGACUAUUCAUCACGAAAUAAGUAUUUGGAAUUCCUCCCCCCGUGAGAUCUGAAUACUUUUCUGUGUGGUUGGAUGAAGCAAUGUAGCCUAUUUUACCCACUAAAGAUAGAAGAGCGUUAUGGAAUUAGGUAGUUGCACAUUUAUAUUAUUUCUGGUGCAGAAUAUAAACGGCGAUGUAGGCUAAUGAGGAUCUCGAUUCGGCCGAUUUAUGGAUUGAGGUGAUUUAUUCGCUUUCGCCUCAAAGCAAGUGUUACAACUUCGAAAGGUGAUCUUGUUACAGUUUCUGAUCGGAGAAUACAGUGUAGCGUUUAGCAGCCAUCGGUUGUCGGCUCUGCUUCCAUGUCUAUAGCCUGUUUCUCGUGGACCGUAGCUUGCUUCUCGGAGGCCUUUAAAAAUGUGUUUAUCAAUUUGUGGUUCAUGAUGUUGGUAGAACAGAAAUCAGAGAACCCGCAUAUCAUUUUUUACCUUGGUUAGCCUACUUCAAAAGGCAAGUUCAGUUCAAAAUCAACGCUCUCCAUCACGUUUUCAAAACAUGUCCUGUAGCCUAGUCUAGUAACGUUAGUCUGUUUCUUGGAUACGUUUAGGGUUGUGUAAUCUAUUCCAUCUAUUCCAUUUGGACCGUUUGGCUGUUUUGUGACGCGUAUGAUGAGAAAAUAGUGAACGGAAAGUGGCGUCACGCCUCGUUGUGGGUUGGUGUCUGUUGGUCGGUGGUGUACUGGACAUGUGCUGCGGCGUGUUCAGGAUCAGAUUGGGCUUGAUGGCCAGCUAAUUGUUGAGGUGUUCACGAGAACACCGGCUCACAGAUAGCGAUCUUCGAGAGAAGACUGGCAGAGAAGCUCCCCGGCUGACUAUAGAGAGUGAGGAGAUUGUUGUAGCGCUCUGAGGCGAACAACGCACAGGAUUUCUGUUGCUGCUGCCUUCGGAGCCAUGAGCAGAGCGCUUAUAUCGGACCAUAUCGCCAAUAGCUUCCGAGAAGAUGCUCCCCGUCCCCCGGUCCCGGGGGAGGAGGGCGAGGUGCUGCCGUGCUACCCCGGCAAACUCGCCAUGAUGAGACCCCAGGGUACCGCGGUCAAAGCGCUUUUGCUCGCGCCUCCCGGUUACAUUGCGAAGAGGAACGAGGAUGGACUUGGGGAACCCGAGGGGAGCGCGUCACCGGAUUCGCCGCUAGCCCGGUGGACCAAGUCGUUGCAUUCUCUUCUUGGGGACCAAGACGGUGCUCAUCUAUUUAGGACAUUCCUGGAGCGCGAGAAAUGCGUCGACACUUUAGACUUUUGGUUCGCCUGUAAUGGUUUCAGGCAGAUGGACCUCAAGGAUACCAAAACGAUGCGAGUCGCCAAAGCUAUUUACAAGCGCUAUAUUGACACCAGCAGCAUAGUUGCCAAGCAGCUCAAGCCUGCGACCAAAACCUUCAUUCGGGAUAAUAUUAAGAAGCAACAGAUUGAUUCGGCUAUGUUCGACCAGGCACAGACUGAGAUCCAGACCAGCAUGGAGGAGAGCCCCUACCAGAUGUUCUUGACCUCGGACAUUUACCUCGAGUAUGUGAGGAGCGGGGGCGAGAACCCUGCUCAUGUGAACCCUAACGGGCUAGGUAGCCUGAAGCUGGUGUGUGGGUACCUGCCCACCCUGAAUGAGGAAGAGGAGUGGAGUUGUAAUGAUUUCAAAGCCAAAGCGCUGGCUUCUGUGGUUGGACUUUCUGCCCAGGCACUGAGGGCAACAGUGUCUAUGAGGACGGUGAUGGAGAAGGGGUACAGGUCCCACAGGCGAGGGGACCCGGUCAACCCGUACCAUGUGGGCUCAUUUGCCCCAGCCACCAGCACCAACGACAGCGAGGUGUCCAGCGACGCCACGACAGACGACUCCAUGUCCAUGACAGACAGCAGUGUAGAAGGCAUCCCUCCCUACAAGCUGGGCUCCAAGAAGCACAUGCAGAGAGAGAUGCAGCGCAACAUGAGGAUGAACAGCCAGGUCUCUCUACCUGCCUUCCCUCGGACACAGAGAUGUCCUAAGGAGAUGACUCCGGUAGAGCCGGCAGCGUUUGCGUCUCAGCUCAUUUCUCGUCUGGAGCGUCUGAAAAGAGAACAGGAGACCAUGAGUUCCCUGGAGGAGAGGCUGCAGCAGAUGCAAGAGGAGGAGGAGAGGGACGAGGCUGAGGUGCCCGGCAGUAGUGCCCCCCUGCUCUCCCCCCACCCCCUGUCCCUCCAGCCCACCGGCCCCAACGAUGAGGACCCCCAGGCCAUUCUGGAUGACCACCUGUCCCGUGUCCUAAAGACCCCUGGCUGCCAGUCCCCGUCCACCGUGGCCCGCCAUUCACCCCGCUCCCGCUCUCCAGAGCACAGGACUCUUUCCCGGGGAGGCCCCGGUCUCAAGCCCCUGGUCUCACCCGGGGCCUCCAGCCCCAGUGGCACCUCCAGCUUAGGGGGCUUCUCAGUAGGUUUCACUCCAGGAAGGGCCCUCUCCCUGGGCAGGCCCAGCAGCAGCACCAAGCACAUCCACCACCACUACAUCCACCACCACGCCGGUUCCAAGAGCAAGGAGCAGAUGGAGAGAGAGGCAGCCCAGAGGGUGUUGUGUCUGUGUCCGGUGCGGUCUGUAGGGGCGGAGGGUGGUCCCCCUUACCCACGCAGUCGCAGCCUGGGCAGGGAGAUGGUGUCCUGUGGCAGCAGUCCCGCAGAGUCCAAUAUGGGGCGCUCCAGUUCCCUUUCCCGAGGGGGUUGUCGGUCGGGGGCUGAGGAGGGGGCAGCAGAGGGGGGUGAGGUCAUGCCCCUCCAGCUACCCAGCGACAGCACAGACCGCUCCCAGAACGUGUGGCAGUGGAUCCUGGAGAGUGACCGGCAGGACAAGCACCACAAGCCCCACAGUACCCAGAGCACUAAGAAGGCGUAUGGUGGCGGAGCGGCGUCCAACCAGACACACACGUGGGGCGGCGGAGGUGCCAGCGCCCAUCUCCGUGCCCACCAGCCCGCCCAUCCCUUUAUCCAGGACCCGGCCAUGCCCCCCCUGCCCCCGCCCAACACCCUGUCCCAGCUGGAGGAAGCCUGUCGCAGACUAGAGGAGGCCUCCGUCUCCAAACCCCCCAAACAGAGCAGACACUCUACAUCCAGCCUCCAGAGAGAGAAGUGCCACCCUAUGCCUGUCCAGAGUGGGACCUGUCCAGUGCCGUCCCCCCUCAGCUCCGGUCCUGCUGCUUCUCUCCAAACAGAAGAGCUGAGAGACACCAACAGGGUGCUGCAGGUGACGACAGGCUGCCAUGUUGCUCCAGCCAUGGGGAGUGAGACAGAGGUAACCUACUUCUUCUGUGGUGAGGAGAUCCCCUACCGUAGGCGCAUGAAGACACACAGCCUCACACUGGGACACUUUAAAGAACAGCUCCGCAAGAAGGGACACUACAGGUACUACUUCAAGAGGGCCAGUGAUGAGUUUAAGUGUGGAGCCGUGUUCGAGGAGGUGUUGGAUGACAGCUCUGUUCUGCCCAGGUACCAGGGGAAGAUCCUGGGCAAGGUGGAGAGGAUGGACUGAUACCCCUCCAGAAGUACCAGAGGAAUGUAUUACAGAAACUCCAUGGACACCACCCCCCUGUUCCACCAGAGAGUCUUAAAGCUAAGGACUGAUGACUGGAGAUUCUGUUGAAGAAGCUUGGCCAAUGAAGGAUGGAGAGUGGAGUACAGGAGUAGAGGAGUAGCCAUCAACAGGACUAUUUAACAACAUCUCGUCUUGGAGAUGAAAGAGGAGAAAAUGGUGGACUGUGGGUUGGGUUUGGAUACGGGUGUUGGGUUCCAGAAACUAUACGUGAAUUGAAUGACCACUAUCUGAGGGAGUAGGCUGGGACCUCUGAAAGCUGAGAGACUGCUAGAGGUGAAAGGUUGAGAGGUGAAAGUUGGGACUGGUGCCCUAUCUGAGCCUGCCUCUACCAACAACCCUAGAUGUAUAUGCAGAUGGACAUAUAAUGAUUUUUUUGAUAAAUGUAAAGAGUUUAUAAAUAAUUUAUUGAAAUGUCACUCCCCAUAGUCCUGUGGAUGGACAAGCUGCUUGGAGAAUUGGGACAUGUCGUCUCCAAUAUUUCAAAUGCAAAGUAUUUAGUUUUCCACCCUCCCCUUUCCUGCCUUGUCAACUAAUCCUGUGGCAGUGUUUUCUGUUCUGAUCAGUGACUUCCUGCCCUAACUUCACAGUGUGGUAUAGCGCAGGUACCACAGCCCUGUAAGUCUCAUCUCUCAGUGCCUUUGUUUUGUUGCCUAGGCUUUGCACAGGGAACGAGCCCACACUUAGGACAACACUACCCCCGAACUGGCCCUAAACUGGCCCAGAGCACCAAACUACCCCCUAACUGGCCCUAAACUGGCCCAGAGCACCAAACUACCCCCGAACUGGCCCUAAACUGGCCCAGAGCACCAAACUACCCCCGAACUGGCCCUAAACUGGCCCAGAGCACCAAACUACCCCGAACUGGCCCUAACUGGCCCAGAGCACCAAACUACCCCGAACUGGGCCUAAACUGGCCCAGAGCACCAAACUACCCCCGAACUGGCCCUAAACUGGCCCAGAGCACCAAACUACCCCCGAACUGGCCCUAAACUGGCCCAGAGCAUCAAACUACCCCGAACUGGCCCUAACUGGCCCAGAGCACCAAACUACCCCGAACUGGGCCUAAACUGGCCCAGAGCACCAAACUACCCCAAAUUGCAGAAACAUGCUAACAUAGAUUUAAAGACAAGCCCACCAAAUGAAUCUAUACCAGCCAAGCUCAACAGUUGUUUUGUGUAUAGCCACCCCUCAUUCCUUGAUGUCCUGGCUUGUGAGCAGAACAACAGAUCCAGGGGUGUAUUCAUUAGGUCGAACGGAAGGAAACUGACAAAGGGGGAGGGACUACCUUUCCUGGAUCUGUCCAAUAAGAAACGCACAUUUUCAUGUUUAGCAAAACCAGUUCUGAUACAUGUCCUAAUGAGUAUGUCUGCCUUCGAGAGACUAGUCCCCCCCCCCCCCCCCCCCAAAAAAAAAAUGUUUUGUCCCCCCACAAAUGUUAGUGGUAUUUACACCUCUGAUUGUGUUGAAUUCACCAGUCUCUCCUGUGUGUCUUGUUGACCCUUGACAGAGGAAGAGGUUAUGAUGCUAACACACACUACGAUGCUGCGUCUGAAAUGGAACCCUCUUCCCUAUGACCAGGGCAAGAGUAGUGCACUCCAUAGGGAAUAGGGUGGCGUUUGGAGGAAGCCGUAGUGUUUAACUGAGUACAGUAGCUGUGCCUACAUGGGUCCCUUUACCAUGUUACUACCCUGUUAUCGGGGUAUGAUACUCCCUUGGUUUUCACAAGGGGCUUAUGUUCAAAAGAGAUUUUAUUACUAUGCCUUUUUACCAUCUCCUUGUAAUCACGUUUGUUUUAUAUUUUUCAUGGCUUUUUUUUGUUCCACUUGUAUUAAAACUGUAAAUGAUGCAUUCUAUUCUGUAGAGCUCCAUUGGAAAGAUGCCUCGGUACUUUAAUUCAUGUAAUUAUUAUUAUAAAGAGAUGUAGCCUUUAUUAAAAUGUUAUAUUUUUCAAAUGAAA